AUGCAGGCACGCCAGCAACAACAGCAGCAGCAGCAGCAGCAGCAGCAGCAGCAGCAGAAUGCCUUGCUUCAGCAACGCUCCCAGCAGCAACGCCCUGCAAAUGGUGGCCCCCUCCCCGAUGACCUCAGCACCCUCUCCCAGACCGAAAUUGAGAACGUUUCCCGCCUAGCCGGCCAGAUGUUAGCCAAAACAUCCGCUGAGGACAUGGAAAAAAUCAGAAUGAAUCUGUCGAACAUGACGGCUGAGCAGCGACAAUACCUAGCUCGCAAGAAAAUGGACCCGUUGACGUACUUCUUCCGCUCCCAGGCUCUCGCUCAGAUGCGUCGACACCGCCGAACCCGCAUGGAAAUGGGCCGCAAUUCGAACCCCGGUAUGGACCCGAACGCCGCUGUGAUGAAUGAUCCAUCGAUGAACACCCAGCAGCAGCGGCAGAUCUUCCAGAACAUGUUGAACCUCCAGCGUAAUUCUGCCGGCGCCGGGAACAACAGCCAAGGCCUGGACCCCAAUGUCCUCCUGGGUAACGUGGAGAACAUCCAGGGUCAGCAGGCGGACGGCAUGCGCUCUCAAGAAGCCGGGCAGCUUGUUGUCCCGGCCAGCUCUUCUCAAAUGAACCACCAGCCUUUCCCCAACCAGCAAAAUAUGUUCAACCCCACUAUACCAGCUCCAAUCCCCCCCCAGGAUCGAAUGCAAUUUCAAAACCAGGCUCAGGCUCAACAAGUCGCCGCAGCCCGAAUUCAAGCUGCUCAAAAAGCCCAGAUGACCAUGUCAGGACAUGGCCAGAACAAUCAGCCUCAAACGCAUAUGUCUCAGUCGAGUCCUGUCAUGCCCAUGUUGAAUCAACCUAUGGCCCCCGGACAGAUGUCUCCAGCUCAAGCGCCCGGUCAACCUCGACCUCAGUCGCGCCCACCCAACAUGAGCCAGCUUCCAAAUGGUGCACAGGGCUCACAGUCCAACAUCCCCCGGCCCCAAAUCCCACAAAAUCUUCCCCCUGCAGUCCAGAACCAAUUGGCUCAGAUGUCGAAUGAGCAACUUCAUGCCUUCCUCAUGGCUCAGCGCCGCAACCAGAUGAAUAUUAUGAACAGUCGCCAGCAAGCAGGAUCUCAGCAUGCCCAGGGCCAAGCAGUAUUCAAUAACCAGAUUGCCAACAGCGCCGGUGCAGCACGGAAUCCGAUGAAUCACCAGCAAGGUAUUCCAUCUGGCCCUCAGCAGAUGCAUAAUCAAUUGUCCGCCCAACAGCGUGCACUCCAGCAACAGCGCCAGGACCAACUCUACAAACUGCACCUCAUGCGUCAGCACACCAUGGGGCUGAGCAAUGGAAUGGAGAUGACCCCGGAACAAGUUGCAGAAAUGGAUCAUCUGAAUUUCCCAAUGAGCAUUCUCAACAGCAGUACCUCUCAAGUUCCGAAGAAUAUCAAGACUUGGGGCCAGCUGAAGCAAUUCGUUUCCCAGCAUCCUCAGGCUGCAAGUGGAGUGGACAUCUCAAAACUGAUGAUGCUACAAAAGCUUCACUUUGCUCAGAUGAUGGGUGCAUCCAACCAAAACGCAAAUGGCCAAGGUCCUGGUGACUCGUUGCACCCGAUUACAGGCCCCGUACCUCAGAUGCCCGGCCGACAGAACGUGCAGAACAACGGCCAGCUUCCAGGUCAGCCCGGAAGAGCAGUUCCUCCAUUGCGUCCAAUCACUGCCCACGACAUUCAGAUAGCUCGUCAAAAGCUGGGUCCUAGUUCACGGAAUUUCUCGGACGAGCAUAUUCGCGACCUUAUUCAAAACCGGCAACGACAAAUCAUGAUGGCCAAAAACCGGCAGCUUGAGGCAGCAGCCCAGGCGGCACCUGCAGAGAGUCAACCGAUGCAGCAGCCUGCGAACCAUAGCUUACCUGUUACUGCCCAGAGACCAUCAGGUGUCAACAAUGUUCAGCAGCAACCUGUGGACCAAGGUCUCGUGACCGUGAACGCCAGGGCGCAACCGGCACCCGCCGCGAAAGCUAAGGCUGUGGCCAAUAAACCCGGACCCAAGAAGAAGGCAAAUACUGAUGAUGUGGGAGAUAGCCGCUCUAUUGCAUCUUCUCAGCAGCCUCAGCCUCAGCAAUCUGCCGCUGCUGUUGGUCGGCCAGGACCUGCAGCUUCGCUAUCCCAAGACCAGUUCCAUAUUAUGAACCCCCAACAACGUCUGCAAAAGGAGGCUCAUAUGCGGAAGCAGCAACAGAACUUCAUUAAGGGACCGCCCUUGAGCAAGGCUGUGGCUGAGAAAGCGUGGCGUACAAACGUCCCACCUCGCAUCCUGGAGGUUUAUGACGAGAUCGAUCGAACUGCUCCUCACUCCUUGAAGGCCGUCAUGUCUAAAUUGAUGAUGGACUCGUUGGAUGUAUUGUCCAGGUUGGACAUGGUGGUUACGAGUGGAUUCAGUCGAAUGCAGGGGCAGGAAAAGAGCUUGAGGAACCUUCUCGCUAUGCGUUGUUCGAUGAUGCGCCAGUUCAGUGACUCGCCCGACUGGGUUCUGAACGAUAACUUCACGAUCACCCAGGACUACUUGACCGGAGGAGUCUUGUUUAUCCGAACGCUGUUCCAAAUGAUGAUGCUCAAAAUGAAUCAGUCACAACGACCUGGAAAUUCUGCCCAGAAUCCCUCCGCCCCGGCUGCCGCCCCGAUUCAAAACAACAACACCCCACAGCUUAAUGCUUCCAAUCUCCAGCAGCUGCAAGACCAGCAGGAAGAAGCACUUGAACUUGCUCGGCGUGGAUCCGGCCAGACUGGGGGUCAGAAUCACCCGUCCACUGCUCCAUUUGGGGCCCCAUCUCCUCAAGGGGUUCCUCAUGCAUAUGGUCCAAACGGCUUGCAACCCGAGAAAUUAAAGCUUCCCCCGCCUAAGAAGCGCAAGCAGUCUCAGGGCGGGCCUAUCAGUGCCUCGCCCGUGCAGCCAGAGGCCUCUCCCAAUAUGGUAAACAAAACUAAACAGGCGCCUGGGCCAGGCAAGAACCAUGCUGUGGCGUCCGAUUUGUUCAAGUGCUCUGUUGUUGAAUGCCAACACCAUUCACACGGAUUUCCUACUGAGGCUGCGUUGCUUCAACAUGUCGAGGAGGCUCAUCAAGCGGAGGAGGAAGAAGAGAUUGGCGAUAUUUUGGAGUGGUAUUCGAAGAGUGUCGCCAUUGGCCUGGGCUUGAACGCGGAUGACCAACAGAACAAGGUCAACAACGGUGUUUCAGCGACCAACCCUCCCAACAACAGGCAACAUGCUAUGGCUUCCCCUGCUAAGAAUGGAAUUCUGACACCUGUUACCGCGAGCAACACACCCAUGGCUCGUGCCACCAGUCAGCUUGGAAUCAAACCAGCUACUCCUCAGCUGCUUACCCCUCAACAAGGCAACAAAGCGAAGCCAUCUCCGAACAGCGACGCCAAGAAGCCGGGCAAGCGGACACUGGAUGAGAUGGAGGGCAAGGAGAAGGAGGAUCCGUGGAAAGAUUGUCCAAUCUCUAUGGAGACGUUCCAUGACACCUUCAGCCCUCUUCUUUCGCUUGGUACUGACCCAUGUGAUGAGUUCUUGAACGACGCGAUGUUUAAUCAAGAUCAAUCUGACGAUACUCCCGACUCGCUGGACAACGGCAUUCUCACACCGAGUCAUGAAUAUUGGAAUGCCCCAGACGAUGAUAGUCAGCCUGUCGGCAAUUGGUGGGAGUGGGAGCCCGAGGGUGGCAUUCCUGACACCGAGGCAUCUGAUUCUGAUCUUGAGAUGACCAAUGUGCCCAAUCCAAACUUGCCAAAUGAACUCGAUGCUAUCCGAUUUGAGCUGAGAGAGGGAGGCAAGUACCACAACAUGGUCAAGGAUCUGCCUGAAAUCCCCACAGAUCCCGAGACUUUGAAGAAACUGGUCGACUGGGAAAACAUUCCAGAGUCGGAGACGACGACGCUUGAGAACGGCGGCAUUGCUAUCGCCACCGUGUAA